AUGCUCGCGAUGAUGCGACUGCUGCAGAAGCAAAUGCCGAAAAAGAAAAAGGCGGGGAGUAGCAAGAGCAAGCCGAGUGAAUCCGCGGCGCCGCUGCUGAAUGGAAAGGGGUCCGCCAUGGAUCAGGAGCAGCUGCUCACUGUUCUCUCUAAAGCGCUCUCGACCAUGGAUUCCCACGACGACGAGCCCACGUCGACCCCCAAGCAGAAGCGCGCCAAGCUGAGCGCCGCUAGCGCAAAGCCCGCCUCUGCGCGCCAAAUGCCGCAGCUGGCGCGACCUAGCGCGGAAGCCCCCGCGCCCGCGCAACAGAAAGCGAAUGCUGGGGGAUACGGCGCGGAGGGCGGCGAGGAUACGAUACUGCAUUGUUUCAUGGAUCAGCUGCCGCAGAUCGACGGUCACCUGGACGCGAUGAUUGCGGCGGCAGAUGCGGCGGUUGACCCGCAGGAAGCGCAACCGUCACCGACGGAACACGUCAGCAGCAGCGCAGGGGCGAGCGCCAGAGGCUGCUCCGCGCAGCAGAACGAUGGCGCGGGAUCCGGCUCCCGGUUCCCACCGCCCAACACACCGCAUUUCUCGGCGCACGAGCGGCAGACGGGGUCCUGGGACGCCGUCAGCAGCAGCAGCAUGGAUAGCUCCGCUGCCGCCGCAGCCGCCGCUGCUGCCGCAGCGCUCGCAGUCAACUCGCGGAAGCGCAAGUCGGGGGAGGACGAGGGGGCGUGUGUAGGGGGAGAGGGGAACGGUGAGCAGGCGGCGAUCAGCAGCCGAUCCGCGUCAGAGGUGCGAUGGAACGGGAAUGGGCAGAUGCAGGAGUACCAACCGCUGUCGCUGCCACAGGCAACCAGCAAAGGCCCUGUGGUGGUGAGCAGGCAGCAGCUGCAGCAGGCUGCAUGCAAGCCGCCCCUUCUCUCGCUCCCUGCUGCCUGCCUCGCCGCUCCUGGUUCUGCGCCUCUCCUCCGCGCGCCCGUCUCGAAUGCGUCCGCCGCUUCCGCCCCGCCUCCCCCUGCCACCCCGCUCCGCAUGCUCACCGUCCCUAGUGACGUGUCUCCCACCGCAGCGCCCAUGGCGCGGUCGAACGUGAUGGACAGGUUCGGCAGUGUGGGGGAGGAUCUGUCAGCGGAGCAACCAUUGGGGUUCCCUGUGAGGUUCGGGAGCAAACGCAUGGAUGAUGGUUUCGCUGAUGGUGCUGGUAACAACACAGCUGGCAAUGGCAGUCACGGUUACAAUGAUGGCAGCAAUGGGUGCGAUGAUGGAGGCAUGGGAUACGAUGAUAUGGGCGGAGACGACAUGGACGACUGGAUGCCGCGCAGCCGCGGGCGCAAGGACCGGCAGGUGGCGGGCGGGCGCAUCAAGGCGCGGAGCAUGGCGGAGAGGCAGAGGCGGGAGAGGAUCAGCGAGGGCCUGCAGAAGCUGCGGAUGGCUGUGCGCGGGCAUGGGGACACGGCCACUAUGCUUGACAACGCUGUCUCAUACGUGCAGGCGCUGCAGAGGCGAGUGACAUCGUUGGAAACCAACAUGCUGCUGCACCAGGCGUCCUGUGGGGGCCUUGGUCAGGGUGGAGGCGCAAUGGGCGGUGGGAAUGGACCCAACUCCAAUAACAGGGGCCGCCAUGGUAAUGGCUUCAUCAACCCCUCCCAGUUUGGUUCUCUUUUUGGCUUGGACGUUUGA